GACUUAAAGUGUUGAAGGAGCAGAUCCCCGAGCAGCCAUCUCUCAGUCAAAUAACUUCUGCGCUCAGAUAUUUGUGGGGACUGAUUUUAUUUAUUCCCUCUUGGUUACGGCUAAUUUGUUAGAUCACAGCUGUAAAGUUUUCAGCUUAGAAGAAUCCAGAUUGUGGAAAAUAAUGGCACUGCAACCGGAUAAAGAACCAAGCAUUGAGCUGUUUAUAAAGGCAGGUCAUGAUGGAGAGAAUGUGGGAAACUGUCCCUUCUGUCAGAGUCUCUUCAUGGUACUGUGGCUAAAAGGAGUCAAAUUCACAGUUACUACAGUCGAUAUGAGAAAGAAGCCAGAGGAGCUGAAGGACUUAGCUCCAGGGACCAACCCUCCUUUCCUCCUAUACAACGGUGCUCUUAAGACUGACUUCAUUAAGAUUGAGGAAUUCUUGGAGGCAACCCUUGCCCCUCCCAGAUACCCUCAUCUCAGUCCGCUGAAUAAAGAGUCAUUUGAUGUGGGUGCUGACAUUUUUGCCAAGUUUUCUGCUUUCAUCAAGAACAGUCCAAACAACAGAGUACAAGAGCAGGCUUUGCUAAGGGAGUUUAAACGCCUUGAUAAUUAUCUAAACACACCACUGCCAGAGGAAAUAGAUCACAACUCCACCGAAGACAUUGCUGUCUCCAAGAGAAAGUAUCUGGAUGGCAACCGCCUGACGCUGGCAGACUGCAACUUGUUGCCCAAAUUACACGUGAUCAAGAUUGCUGCCAAGAAAUACUGUAACUUUGAGAUCCCGGCUCAUUUCACCGGCGUCCAUCGCUACUUGCAGAACGCAUACGAGAGAGAGGAGUUCAGUCAGACUUGUCCAGCCAACAUUGAGAUUGAGAAAGCUUAUUUGAGUGUUGCUAGCAAGAGGACAUAAAUCUCCAGCAGUGUCAAGACAGUAAUGCAUUACCUUCCACUUUAUAUACAAAGGAGGACAUUCAGCCUAAAUUUUGUAAAUAGCUUUAAAUUAAAUAAAGUGUCAGGUUUCCAUUUAAAAAACUGAGUUUGAUAUGAUAUUGAAAUAUUUGUUAAUUGUCCUGCUUUACCAUUUAAUGGUUUGCAACUCAUUUAGCCCAUGAACCUAAUUCUUUAAUAAUGAAUAAUUUCUUCAUUUGUCAUAUUGGCAUGUUAUAUUUUUCAAACAGUAAUCCCUGAAUAAUUUUUAUAUUUCCGGAUUAACCCUGCAUUAUCUCUUGUGUAAGCCUGUUUAAUAGGUCCAAUUGAAUGUACAUCAAGUGUGAUUUGCUUUGUCCAUAGUGUACAUACGUAUAUCUAAUGUUUUUACCUUUUUUUUCUUUUCUGUUUAUUGUUCUGGGGGAAUCUUUUGUAAAGCUCUACAAAAGAGAGUUUUUAUUUGACAAAAAUGAAGAUGAAGAUGAAAUCCACAUUUGUUAACUUUACCAAAGAACCUUGAACCCUUUUGUUCCUGAGAAUGUAUCUAUUCGAUCCUAAUAAUGUACAUUUUAUGUAUAUACAAAGUAUUAUGUAUACGCGUAUUACGCUAUUAUUAUUAUAAAAUUACACACUAAGAUAACAGUGAGUUAAAACACUGUACCAUAACUAAGCGUACUUAUUUCUAAAUAAUCCUAAACAGAACUUUCCUGUUCUGUACAUAGCUCAGUUAUUCAGCAUUCGUCAACAAUUUUUACAGGAAAAGGUUAUUCUUAGAUCAAACAACGUAUUGUUACUGAAGGAAAAGGUCAAAUACACUUCAUUUCACAAUUUUAAUUAGGAAAUAAUACUCAUUUCAUACAUAUUGACAACAUUGUGCACAUCUAGAUGAUCUUCAGGGGCAGUGGUGACUCAAGUGGUUAAGGCUCUGGGUUGUUGCUUAGAGGAUUGGGGUUCAAACCCCAGCACUGUCAAGCUGCUACUCCACAGUGUGGGUUAAGGGCCUCCUUAAGGGGAUCUGCAUCAUGGCUGACCCCGUGCUAUGACCCCAAUCUCCAAAGUUGGGAUACGCAACAAAAGAUUUUCACUGUGCUGUAAUGUAUAUGUGAGAAAUAAAAGCUUCUGUCGCUAUUAUCUUUGUGUGUUUAUGAACAUGCAGACCUUAAUACAGAUGUACUGCUGACAGAAAAAUACAGAAAUAAAGAAAUACAGUAAUGAUUCAAAUUUGCCAGACAAAAUGUUCAUAGCAUAUACAGACACAGUGUUGGCCUCAUUGAAGCUCCAUGUUUACAGACACUAGAUAUAGUCAUUUUGUUUAAAAAUAUAUAUCCGUGUUCAGGUAAUGCGCUGUAGUUAAAUUAGAAUACACACUGUUAAAGGGCUAUUGGGUUGAUAUUUAAGGGAGAAGACAAAUGUGACCUUUUUUGGUGACUGUAAUUCCCACAGGACUGCUAGUUUGUUACGCAGUACUUCCAGAAACAGGCUGUUAGGGAGAGAUAAAGACAAAAAGAGCUUCAUUGUUUGGAAUUUCUUGCAGUAUGACAAUAUAUUGCUUUGAUAUAAUAUUGUGAUAGAGAUUAGAGUAACAAAUCUUCAAAAAAAGUAAUCACAAACCUGCACUAAUACCUGAAUGAAUACUUACUUUCUUAAAUAUGGAUUAAUGAUGAGUUAAGGCAUGUACUAAUCACCAGCUAAUGAAGAACUAACCUUAACUACAACUUGAGUCUUAAGUAUUCAUGUGAAGUUAUGAGAAUUCAACUUAGAGCAAGCAUCUCAGACUAAAACACUGCUAAAACACUGGAGAAAAAUCUUUUAGAACUUUGUAGCAUAUGCUAAAUGAAUACAUGUUACUGAUUUGAAGAGAAAUGGAUGGAGAGUGAUGCAAAACAGGUAAAGAUGAAAAUUUGAGUAUUUUUUACUUUUAAAAAUAAUGAGACAUAUUUGCAGAGCUUCAGAGGCAUGGAGUUCUGUGAAAGUUUUAACUUGAAAAUAUUUAAACAGGCCCAUAAAUAUCCAUCUUAUAUUAUUAAAUAAAAACUAUUCAAGCUUAAACAUUAUCUUUUUGUACAAUUAUGAGAAUUGUUACAAAGUGGUGUUCAUUAAAAAGAAGAGAAAUGAUAUUUCUGCACUAUAGUGUAAAACCGUAGUAAAGUAAAUUUGAAUCUUUAUAUAAAUAUUCCUAAAAGAAAACAUUCAAGAUGUGCAAAUCAAUUGUAAUUGGAAGCACAUCAGAAAUACUGUGAAAGCUGUGAGAAAGCGUUGUACAUUUUGUUUUCUUUUCCUAAAAGCAAGCAAUCUGUUAAUUGUUUUUUAUUAAACAGGCACAUCAGGAUAUUUGGUUUCACUACUGCAGACUAUGAUUACGGCUCAUUCUACAGUCUCACACAGGGUGUCCAGUCUUAUGCGCACGGUUCCGGUGUGGUUGCAGAUUUUUAUUCCAACUGAGCAGAAGCCACACCUGAGUCUAUUGAAAGUCAUUGGAAUCAGGUGUGGCUGCUACUGGAUUGGAAUGAAAACCUACACACACACCAGGCCUUUGAUGAUAAGAUUAGGCACCUGCUCGGAUGUUUUUAUGUUCUCAUUAUAUAUAAGAACUCUAGAAAUAUAAAUAGCCAGUGCUUUAUUAUUCAUCGAGAUAUAGCAACCAUUGCACAUAUCAUGCAGCAAGUCUGACCUCUCUUGUUGGGUUUGGGUAAGUUCUGCUCGGAACGAAGAAAGCCUUGAGAGCGCAGGUUAUCUGCUGCUGCUAAUUUCCUGACUACUUCCUUUAAGUCAUCCACCUGAGAGAUAGUUUUUUUUUUGUUUUUUUUUGAUGUUACAUAAUCAGCAGAAGAAUCACGUGAAAGGAAAAGACACGAGACAACAACAUCGAAAGCUUCUUACCAUGUGGUUCAUUUUAUCCUGCUGGAGAUUUUCUUUCUCUCCUGAAACAUGCAGCAGUCACCAGAUUGAAAUGACAGUAAAAGGCCAAGUGUCCCGGUCUCUAUCCUGGUGAAGCAAGAUGGGAAAGAUGGUUUUGACAUCUCUUUGUGUGCUUACGUCAUCGCUCUGAUCAUCCUCUAUUUCUGUCACCAGUUUUUGAAGGAGGUCUGUAAACAUACAUAAGCUUGGUGUAAAUAUAUUAUCUAACUUUGGCUAAUAGCAACAGUGACACUCAUAAAUAUCCUGGUAAGUACAGUAUAUAAUUUGUGAUAUACUGUAUGAAUAAUGAAUUGACUGGAUACAUUUUUGCAGAGCUUCAGAGGCAUGGAGUUCUCUGGAAGUCUGAACUUAUUAAAAUAUUUAAACAAG